AUGGUUGGUUUGAUUGAUAUUCCACUUUCUAUCAAAAGAGAGAUUAUCCAAUAUUUGCCCCAACAAUCAUUAUUGAACUUGUCGCUUACCAAUUAUGAGUUUUAUGAACCAUGUAUCCAACAGUUAUAUAAACAUAUUUUGAUUCAAUAUGAUCCGAUUGUCAAAAGUAAUGUCAAUGAAAGAUUAACUGAUUUUGUUGAUUCUAAUCAAAGUGUUAUCUAUGCGUUAAAUCAUGAUUUGGAUGAUGGUAAAGUGUUUGAAGAUCAUGAAACUAGAUUGAAAUUGAUAAAUCUAAGAUUAUCAAUUUUAAUUGAAUCAUUAAAAUUCAAUACGAAAUUGAUUGAGAAUAUCCAAGAGGUAAGUAUAAUAGGGAAUAAAUUUGCUGAUAAUAUCGUAUUUCUUAAUCAUAUACAAGAAUUAGUUUAUUUGUUUGAAGAAAAUCAAAUCAGUUUAGAUAAAUUCUUUAUUUCAGACCAUAAUUUAAGAUCAAGUUUUGACUUGUCUAAGCUCAACUUAAAGACAAGAGUUAUCGAUAGUUCAACCGUCGUACAAGAUAUAAUAGACGUCGAGCUAACUGAAGAGUUGGUAGUAGAAUCAGUCCCAGAUGGACCCUAUACAAGCAUUCCCUUAUAUGCCUCAUCCCAGUUAACUUCCUUAAUCUUACCAAAUGAUUACGAACUGUAUUGGACAUUUGUGGAGAAGGUAAUAUAUCCUAAUCCACAGUUAUUGAGCUCUUUAAAGUCAUUCAAAUUUUAUUUCAACUACCAGGAUAUAACACAAAACAUUAAAUUGAUAACUCUUGUUAAUUGGACGAAAAUAGAAUGUCUAGAAGUUUGGAUUGGUGGACCAAAUAAUGAUGAAGAUGUGUUAUCAUUCAUAAAGCUAAUCCCUGCCGAUAGGUGUCAAAAGAUUAGAAAAUUAUCAAUGGUACAAAGUUUUGAUUAUUCAACCCAUAAAUCAAACGAGGUAUUCGAUUUAGCUAUAUUUAGCUUCAUAAAAAGCGUGGUGUCAAAUUUACAUUACUUAUCAAUUGAACAUUCUAUUCCAUUAUUUGGAGACUUUGAGGAUGGAUUUGAAGGCAAUCAUUUAAGAAUUUUAAAGUUAUAUGAUUCAAUUUUACCAGGAAUAUUAUCAUCAUCGAAAUAUAAGGUUGAUUUAUAUUUGACUAAUUUCUUUACAUCUUUAGCAAGUUAUGAACAAUCAAUGAAUACUUUGUUAUGGAAUGGAUGUAAAUGCUCACAAUGUCAUGUCACUCUUGGUUUAAUUGAUGAUUUCUUAAUGUAUCAUAAAUAUUACAGCAUUCCUUUAAAGAGAUAUAGGGAUUUGAAUAGUUCUAAUAUUUUUAAUAUAGUGGCUACCAAAUUAAGUUCUAGAAUGAUAGGAAAAGAUGAAGUAUUUUCAAAUUUGAAUUUAGGACAUUAUCCAUUAAGACAAGUUAGUUGGGAUUUCCAUAAUCUUAGUGGACUUCAUGAAAUACCUAUAAAAUGUUAUUCAACAAAAUUAGUUGAUCAUGGAGAAUUUGAUGGUGAAGAUGCUAUUAAUGAUCAAAGUGAUUCAUACAGGUGUAAAAUAAAUUCAUAUCACUAUUUAAAAGGUGUACCAAUUUCAAUUUCACAUUCUUUAGAUAGUUUGAUUGGUACCAUAUUAAAUCUUAAUAGAGGGAAUGCCGAAAAGAGGUUCGAUGAAGAUUUAAAUGAACACAAAACGACAAAUUACGAGGCAGAAGGAUACGAGGCAUAUAUCCUUAACGAUGGUGGGGAUUCAGAGUUAAUGCGGUUAAACAUCAAUAGAAUAUCCAUUAACGGAAUAAUCUAUACCUUAGAUAAGGAAUUAAAUGGAACUCACUACUUUGAGAAAUGUGUUUAA